AAGCUUUCCUUAAUUUUGGGUCAGUCACAGUGGUCAGGUAUUCUGCCGCUGUGUACUCUCUGUGUAGGGCCAAAUAGCAUUCUACUUUGCUCUGUUUUUUUGUUAAUUCUUUCCAAUGUGUUAAGUAAUUAUCUUUUUGUUUUCUCAUGAUUUGGUUGGGUCUAAUUGUGCUGUUGUCCUGGGGCUCUGUAGGGUGUGUUUGUGUUUGUGAACAAAGCCCCAGGACCAGCUUGCUUAGGGGACUCUUCUCCAGGUUCAUCUCUCUGUAGGUGAUGGCUUUGUUAUGGAAGGUUUGUGAAUCGCUUCCUUUUAGGUGGUUGUAGAAUUUAAUGGCUCUUUUCUGGAUUUUGAUCAUUAUCGGGUAUCGGUCUAAUUCUGCUCUGCGUGCAUUAUUUGGUGUUUUACGUUGUACACUGAGGAUAUUUUUGCAGAAUUCUGCGUGCAGAGUCUCAAUUUGGUGUUUGUCCCAUUUUGUGAAGUCUUGGUUGGUGAGCGGACCCCAGACCUCACAACCAUAAAGGGCAAUGGGCUCUAUGACUGAUUCAAGUAUUUUUAGCCAAAUCCUAAUUGGUAUGUUGAAAUUUAUGUUUCUUUUAAUGGCAUAGAAUGCCCUUCUUGUCUUGUCUCUCAGAUCGUUCACAGCUUUGUGGAAGUUACCUGUGGCGCUGAUGUUUAGGCCAAGGUAUGUAUACUUUUUUGUGUGCUCUAGGGCAACAGUGUCUAGAUGGAAUUUGAAUUUGUGGUCUCUCUCUGUCUCUCUCUGUCUCUCUCUCUCUGUCUCUCUCUCUCUCUCUCUCUCUCUCUCUCUCUCUCUCUCUCUCUCUCUCUCUCUCUCUGUCUCUCUGUCUCUCUCCCUCUGUCUCUCUGUCUCUCUCUCUCUCUCUCUCUUUCUCUCUCUCUCUCUCUCUCUCUCUCCCUCUCUCUCUCUCUGUCUCUCUCUCUCUGUCUCUCUCUCUCUCUGUGUCUCUCUGUCUCUCUCUCUCUCUCUCUCUCUGUCUCUCUCUGUCUCUGUCUUUCUGUCUCUGUCUGUCUCUCUCUCUCUCUCUCUCUCUCUGUAAUUACAGAGUCUCUGAUUGGUCAGGUGGUUGAGCUGGCAGCAGCCAAUAGCAGCUCUGGUAGCAGUGCCCCUCGAUCUCCUGGAAAGGUUUGUGUGUGUUAAUCAUUAGGGGUCUGUUUAAAACCAGACCUAACCAUUUUACGGGGCACAGUCUGUCAGUAGAGCCAGAGGGACAGGGUGCACCAGACCACACUUAAACAUCCAGCCUCUGAACCGGCCAGUGGGCUUCGUCUGAUACAGCCUCUCCUCAAGAUCCAACAGAGACUCCACUACACACAACUACAGGUAAGACAACAUCAAGGUUUGGUUUAAGUCCAGUUUAAGGUCAGGUUUGAGUGCUCUGAAACACCUGUAGCCUGUGUAGGAGAAUUAACCAGCAGAGCAGCCUAAACCCCCUGAUGAGACUCAGACAGAAGACCCUCUGAGGAUGCAGUUUAGACGGGUGGAAGCAGACCCACUGGUGGAUGUAGACUGGAAACAUUGUUAUCACUUUUUCUUAUGGGAAGCAAGACAACUAAAUGUGAUUUAGCAGGACGAGGGUACUACCUGUCUUCUACAGCAUUCACUAGUCUUGGUUUGGAAUGGCAUGGGUAUAGGAAACACUUUAUUUGACAGUAAACUGUUUCCACUGGUAUUUAUCUGAAAUUGUCCGUAGGAGAGGAGGAGGCCAUGGCUGGAAGGAGCAGAACGUCGUUCUCCGGUGUGUUGACUGCUGCUCUGCUGGCCACCAUACUGCUGCCUGAAUUCCUUUCGGCAGGGCCCGUGUUUCAGAAGCUCAAUGGACAUGGUAAAUGCACAACUACCUCACAAACAUACUUGACAUACACAACAAUGUUUUUGAUGCUUGAUGUCUCACCAGUAGGGGAUGCCACUGAAGAGACAGCGGUUGCCAUGGCAUCGGCAAGGAAGCUUGUCCGUAACCGUAGAAACAUCAGCUGGUACAAGCAACACUCAGACUUUUGGAGCUGGUACAAAUACUUCACGGACAAUGGAAACACGGAGGCAGUCCAGGAGCUGGACAGGGUCUACCUGGCCUACCUCCAAAAUAAGAACCGUGCUGAGGGACGUCGCUCUUAUAAGGCCUACCUGGGCCACCUAGGGGACAUCUACAAGGCCUGCGCCGACUCAGAGGACCCAAACUGCGUGGCCUCGGCCACUAGCCGGCAAAAACCUGAAACCCCCAAGGCCCCUCCUAAGCCCGCCCCUGUCAAGGCCUGUGACCCCUACAGGGACCCAUAUUGUCUGUAUGCUGCCAAGAGCCAGCCCCCACCUUCCCCUGGCCCGGUCAAGGCCCCAGCCCCGAAUUAUGUGCGCGCCCCUGUGGCUGUUAAAGAACCUCAUUCUGGGUACUACUACUCCCCCGCUGUGCAGCCCUUCCUGUCCAAGGAGCAGAAGGCCGAGCUGCUGCGUAUCUGUUCAGCGGAGGACGUGGAUUGUCUCCAGUACCACCUGAGAGCUGCUUUCGGCCACAAUCCCUCCGCUGGGCCCCUGCCCUCCUACGCCCACCUGGGCUGUGACCCGAAAGACCCCACCUGUAAACCCCAGCUGGUCCAAAAAGCUCCCUCCGGCCUCUUCCUCCGUUACCCCAAGUGUGACCCCAGAGACCCUCGCUGCGUCUAUGCUGCCUCACUACAGGCACCCCGUGCCCCUGCUCCCCCCGCCCCGGCAGGUCCUGGUUCCUGCAACCCUCUGUUUGAGGACGGUUGUAACCCUCUCACUGCAACCAAGUACGCCACGGCACCAGAGGAGUUCAAGGAAGAACACAAAGAUGAACCCGCCGCAAUGCGUGCUGCGCCCCCAGCUCCCGAGCAACGCAGCGACCCAUUCGCUAUGUACAGGGAUGCUAAUGCUAAUGGUAACCACCAAGGCAAUGCUCCAAGCUCUCAAGCUAGUGACCCAUAUGCCAUGUACCGCCAAGGCAGUGCUCUCAGCGCUCAAGCUAGUGACCCAUAUGCUAUGUACCGCCAAGGCAGUGCUCCUAGGGCUCAAGCUAGUGACCCAUAUGCCAUGUACCGCCAUGGCAGUGCUCCCAGCGCUCAACCUAGUGACCCAUAUGCUAUGUACCGCCAAGGCAGUGCUCCCAGCGCUCAAGCUAGUGACCCAUAUGCCAUGUACCGCCAAGGCAGUGUUCUCAGAGCUCAAGCUAGUGACCCAUAUGCCAUGUACCGCCAAGCCAGUUCUCCCAGCGCUCCAGCUAUUGACCCAUAUGCCAUGUACCGCCGAGCUAUCGCUACUGCUCAAGCUAACGACCCAUACACCAUGUACAGGCAGGAUAAUGCUAACGAUCCCGUAGAAAUGUACCGUGAAGCUGCAGCCUCCAUGCACAGACAUGUCCCCCCCUCCCCGCCACAACAGGCCCCCGCCCCCCUCCCCGCUAUGAGGAGCCCACACAGGAGGAUCGCCACCCGCUGGGCCCCCGGGGAAGGACCAAGGAGGGCUAUGAAUGCUUCAUCGGCUACGACCAGGAGUGCUACCCAAUAGCCCGCGCAGAGCCGCGUUCUGGCGUCCACCGUAACACCGCCUACCCCGCCGAGCCCUACGAGCCGCAUCUCAAUGCCGAUGGAUCACGGAACGGAGUUCUGGAGCCUUCUGACCCCGACUGUGACCCGGAGUACGACACCAACUGCCGCCUGCGUCGCUAUGAACCCCGGGAGGAUCUGCUGCCAGACGCCAACGCCCAACCUGUACACCAGGGGGAGCCACAGCACAGCCGGGACCAUAGCUACAACCAGGGGGAGCCACAGCACAGCCGGGACCAUAGCUACAACCAGGGGGAGCCAGAGAGAGAAAGCGAGGCAGAUUCAGAGCCAUACCAGAGUGGCCAGGAGGAGACCUACGGGGCUUACCCCCCUCCCUCGCAGGGGCUGUCAUACGGGUCCUACCCCUCAACCCAGCAGGGAAUGCCCAGCUUCCAGGACAUGCUGAGAGGAUACGGAGACCAGUACCCUGAACAGGAUAACCACAGAGCAUACGCUGCUGACUACCGCCAAAAAUAAAUACACACAUAUACACAUACAUGCAUGCAUACACACACACGCACGCACACGCACGCACGCACGCACGCACGCACGCACGCACGCACGCACGCACGCACGCACGCACGCACACACACACACACACACACACACACACACACACACACACACACACACACACACACACACACACACACACACACACACACACACACACACACACAUGUGUAUGUGACAAAUAAAAUGUGAUUUGAUUUAUUACAUACAUAGACACACACUGCAUAUGCCCUAAAGACUACAACAACAAAACUAACCAACACACCAGCCAAAAACCGGAGCAGAUGACAUGGAACACUAUAUUUAAUACAAAACAAUAAAAGACUGAAUGAAGUCUGACACACACACACACACACACACACACACACACGCACACACACACAUGUCACGUAUGGACGAACAGACACACACACACAUAGUAAUGUGCUGUUAGCAGUAGAAGCAGGAGGAAUUUCUCUCCACUAGCGGUUUUAUCUGUCAGUUUGAUAGCUUUUAUUCAUUGAUUAAUUGACCCCCUCAUUCUCACUGGAAUAUUUAAUACAUUCUUGCAGCUCUGCUUCACUUCUGAAGCUACAAACUUCACAUUAUUUUUGUGUUUGUUUUGUUUAUGAUGUAUUAUGUAAAGUUUUUUUACACUUUGAAUGUUUUAAAUAAAAGUUUGAAAGACA